AAUUAGCAAACCUGUUAGUGCAUACAUAUUGGUUAGGUUCAGCGGAAGUAUCUUCAGCCUUAGCAAUAAUACUUGAGAACCUGUCUUUGGCUUCGUGCUUUGGCGCCUGAACUUACAAAACUGAGCUAAGGACGACUCGCUGUUUCUAAAAGUGCCGCUCGUCCGGUGUUCCAUCAGCCCGGUGUUCCUCUCGGGUUCCCUGCCUUCCCACUUAUAACGGCCGAUUUUGGGAGAAAGGCUGUAUUGUGACUAUGUCAGAAGGCAGGGGCGGAGACGCCGAGCAGUAUGAUAAUGAGCUCCAUGCGGACUCCUCGCAAGGGAGGGGCGGAGACGCCGAGCAACACAGCAGCGAGCUUAAGGUGGACGUCGGACGCUACGACGCUCGCUAUGACCGCGUGACGCCCAGCCGUAACCAGAUUAAUCUGGAACGCUUCGACGAGAAGACCCGUAACAUCUUGAAGAAGUUCGACAACAACGGAGAUGGUCGCAUUGACGCGUCGGAAAUUCAGACCAUUGUGUCCACGCUCGUCGCUGAGAAGUUCAAGUCGAAGGCAUUCCGAAUUGGCUUGAUCAUUCUCGGCGUCUUCACAGCGGUGCUCUUGGCUGCCAUGUUUGGCUUGACGUGGGCUGUCGUGUCGGCGCUGAAAGACACGCAGGUCGCUGGCGGGGUCCUGGUGACAAAUGACAAGGCCCAGCAGACCGUCAUGAUUGCCAACAAGGACAUGCUUGUGGUCGACGGCCUACUUGUGACGCGCGACACAUCAGCUGUCGUGACGACGUCCGCCCUGCGUACGCGCGGUGGUAUCAGUGGAGCCACGCCGUUUGACAAGCUGAUGAGCAUGCAAUCCCUCGUGUUUACCACACCCGCUGGCGCCAACUACUCGGUCUCUUUCCAGGGUGUUGCCCGCAUUCCGGACAGCAGCGACGUCGAUGGCUACAUUGUGAAGUUCCAGACAUCUGCGGGUGUGCUGACUCUCGUGAACGGAACCUGGUCUGCCUCCAACCUGACCUCGCCCCUGCUCGAGGAGUUGUUCACGGCCAUGGACGGCCAUGGGCGCCGCCUGGUGGAGCAGCAGCACCGCACAUUCGUCAUCUGCGACUCUGGCGGCUUGUGCGGAGACCCCAUCACCUGCGGAGAGUACGGCUACGACGAUUGCCCCGACCUGCCGCCUCCCAGCACUGCCAUUCCGAAGCCACCGCCUCCGGGUUCGUCUUCGAACACAGGCGCUACCCUGUACUCAGGCAUGUGCAGCAAGUUUUCAACCUACGUCUACUCAUGCGAUGCGGGCGCAACCUUCUGCUAUGGCCCAAACCCCUCAGCUACGCAGCUCAACAACUACUACUCACAGGGCGGCUGCAUGAGCAACUGCCCCAAGGGUUGGGUAGUGGGCGACUCCUUUUUCUGCCAGGGAACCCCCGCGUAUCGGUUCUGCUGCGUUUGAGGCGCUUACCUACUUGACGAUUUACCUUAUUCAAGCGAUUGUACGCGCGCGCUUCUGAACGUUGACGGGGCCAUUGUUCGCUGAGACAGGCGGCAGUGUCCUUACUGUCCUAAACGCUUGGAUGCUGGAGCAUGUUUUGUGAUACACAGCUUAAAGCAGCAGCAGCAGCAGUGAUUCUACCGUAAGCGUGCUUUGUGUUAACUUCUUGACGGGGCCCACUAGGGUGUGUCUCCUACUAUUAAGUCCCCAUAACUAAGUCAAGUCAUCUACAGUGGGUGCCACCGCGUUGCUGUGCGCAGCACACGGCCCACGGUGUUACAUUGCAUCAAACAAUUCAUCUAGUUAGUUGGCAUGUUGGUGCGUGUAGGCGCUAGCAGUAUGAAGUGGUUGCGAAUUUUCAUAAGAGGGUCCCUGCUCUAUCUCGUCCCGGUUUUAAGCGGCGGGUUUAAACCGGUUUUGAAAACAUGAUUUGCCUUCAAUUGACCGGGGCUGUUGUGUCGUAGACUGUGAGCGCGUUGCCCAUGUAUUACCCCCCUUGUUGUGCGUCUGCAUCAUGUGUCUGCAGUCUGUUACGCUCGUGGCGGUUGUAUGAAGCCUAAGUACUUCCAAAGCUCCUUGCAAUGACGGCUGAUGUAUGAAUAGAAUUUGACAGUUUGGGACGAGCUCUGCUGUGUUUAGUGGCCGCUUUAGUAAUAUCAUCAGUACCUGGAUCUAUGUGUAAAGCUCCUGGAAUAAGUUGUUGCUGCUCACCCGUCGGGUUUAGCCUUCGCAGCCUGUCCUGUAACGCCGGAAAGCAG